AGGCGGCAGGGCAGAAGGCGGUAGUGAACUCAGCUAGCAGAGAGGGCGAGCCGCGGUGUUAAAUGGGGAGCUCCACCUGGCAUCUGUCAUAACCUGCAAAGCAGACCUCCUCGGGCUAAGUCCGCCUAGAGGGAGACCGGACAGACACCAGCAUGUUUAAGUCAGUGGCCCAGGCCAGGAGGGGCUCCCUGACACUUGCAGCCUCACUCUUGCUGAGGAGCAUCAGCAGCAGAGCCAACGACAAGGGGAAAUUGGCCAAUAAGGUCGCAGUGAUCCCUGGGUCCACAAACGGGAUCGGCUUCGCCAUCGCCAGGCGUCUGGCCCAGGACGGGGCCCACGUGGUGGUCAGUAGCCGGAAGCAGCAGAACGUGGACCGGGCUGUGGCAGCGCUGCAGGGGGAGGGGCUGAGUGUGAUGGGCACCCAGUGCCACGUGGGGAAAGCUGAGGACCGGGAGCGGCUGGUGACCACGGCCUUGGAACACUAUGGGGGUGUCGACAUCAUGGUGUGUGUGGCAGCGGUCAAUCCCUUGGUGGGAAGUACCUUGGGAAGCAGUGAGCAAGUCUGGGACAAGAUCCUGUCUGUCAAUGUGAAGGCCCCAGCCCUGCUGCUGAGCCAGGUGCUGCCCCAUAUGGAGAAGAGGAGGGGAGGCUCUGUGGUUCUGGUUUCCUCAGUUGGAGCAUACAUACCAGAAGUUAAACUAGGGGCCUACAAUGUCAGUAAAACAGCCAUUCUGGGACUCACCAGGACCCUGUCAGUGGAGUUGGCACCAAAAAACAUCCGGGUUAACUGCCUGGUGCCAGGAUUCAUUGAGACAAACUUCAGCCAAGUGCUACAUGAUGAUCCAAGCCUUUGGAACAGUAUGAAGAGACUCUAUGGCACACAGAGGCUGGGGCAGCCUGUGGACUGUGCAGGCCUCGUGUCCUUCCUGUGCUCUCCAGAUGCCAGCUACAUCACCGGCGAGAAUAUCAUGGUGGCUGGAUUCUCCCCUGUCCUCUGAAGAACAUGAGCUCAGAAUUCAGGCUUGCCUCUCAGUGUGGAAGCCUCCUGUGGCUCUGAGGCCACCCUGUUGGAACACCUCUAUAAAUUAUGAGCCUCUGCUCCAAAUAUACACUUUGAGUUCAAUAUUGUCAGAGUGUGAAAUAAUAAAGAACAUCAGAAAAGAAAG